AUGGAGAACUCGAUCUCCAGCGACGACUUCAACUACCAAUCCGGCUUCGGCAACCACUUCUCCUCGGAGGCCAUCGCCGGAGCUCUCCCGCUUCAACAAAACAGCCCCCUCAUAUGCCCGUUCGGCCUCUACGCCGAACAAAUAUCCGGCACCUCCUUUACCACCCCUCGCUCCCACAACUUCUUCAGUUGGCUUUAUCGGAUUAAACCAUCGGUGACUCAUGAACCAUUCAAGCCUCGGGUUCCGUUUAAUCGGAAAAUUUUGAGUGAGUUCAAUGACUCUAACAGUUCUACAAAUCCAACUCAGCUUCGAUGGAAACCGCCUGAUAUACCUGAUUUACCCACGGAUUUCAUUGAUGGGUUGUCCACCGUUUGUGGUUCUGGCAGCUCAUUCAUGCGCCAUGGAUAUGCUAUUCACAUGUACACUGCUAACAAAUCAAUGGACAAUUGUGCCUUUUGCAAUGCUGAUGGCGAUUUCUUGAUAGUUCCCCAACAAGGAAGACUCUUUAUCACUACUGAAUGUGGAAGGUUGAAAGUUUCCCCUGGUGAUAUUGCUAUAAUACCUCAAGGUUUUCGUUUCAAUGUGAAUCUGCCUGAUGGUCCCUCCCGUGGCUAUGUAGCUGAAAUUUUCGGCACUCAUUUUCAACUUCCUGAUCUUGGACUAAUAGGUGCUAAUGGUCUUGCUUCCCCAAGGGACUUCCUUGUUCCUACAGCAUGGUUUGAAGAUAAAUCAUAUCCUGGAUACACUAUAGUGCAGAAGUUUGGCGGUGAACUAUUUACUGCAGUACAAGAUUUCUCUCCCUUCAAUGUUGUUGCUUGGCAUGGUAAUUAUGUUCCAUAUAAGUAUGACCUAAGCAAAUUUUGCCCUUAUAAUACAGUGCUGUAUGAUCAUGGUGAUCCAUCAAUUAAUACCGUGUUGACAGCACCAACUGAUAAACCCGGCCUGGCAUUGCUUGAUUUUGUCAUUUUUCCACCAAGGUGGCUUGUUGCUGAGCAUACCUUCCGUCCACCAUAUUAUCAUCGCAAUUGCAUGAGUGAAUUUAUGGGUCUCAUUCAUGGUAACUAUGAGGCAAAGGUUGAUGGGUUUCGUCCCGGUGGUGCAAGUCUUCAUAACUGUAUGACGCCUCAUGGUCCUGAUACCAAGUCAUAUGAGGCCACCAUUGCGCGUGGGAACGAUGUUGGUCCUCACAAGAUCACCGACACAAUGGCUUUUAUGUUUGAGUCGAGUUUGAUUCCCCGUAUUAGCCGAUCGGCUCUCGAAUCUCCAUUCUUGGAUCAUGAUUAUUACCAAUGUUGGAUUGGAUUGAAAUCUCAUUUCGCAACCGAGGCAUCUCUUGGAAGCCUAACUUUGAACAAUGGAGAGUGA